CACCGAGCCGGCCUCCCCACCUCCCCCGGCGGCGCCCCAGGCUGCAGUGCUCCGGGCGCUGGGUUAUAAAAUGCCGGGUUAAGCGGCGACUCAGACUUAGGAUCCCGCUCACGACAUGGCCUCGGGCGCUCAGCCCCCGUCGCAGCCGUCGAGCUCAGAGGUCAGCGCCGUCCAGAGCCCAGGCGGGCGUCCCGGCGUCGGUCUGGAGGAAGCAGCCCUGGGCGUUCCUCUCCCGCCGUCUCCCGGGGAGGCCCCUCUGCCCCCGAGCAACCGGAGCAGGUGCCCUGGGACCCGCCAGCCCGGAGCGGCCUCCCUCCACGCCGCGUCCGCAGCAGUCCCCCUGCGGCCCCGGCGCGGUACGGCGCCGGCCGGGAGAACCGCAGACCUGGUCCCCGCCGCCUCCCCAGAGCAAGCUCCGCGGCCGGCUCCACAGUCCCGCAAGCCACGCAACCUGGAAGGCGACCUGGACGAGCGCCGGCUGCUCUGCCACUUGCAGCUGGCCCAGGACCGCGAGGCGCGCCUGUGGCUGGGCGGCAAACCCCAGGAUGAAAUCUGCGACGCCUUCGAGGAAGUCGUGCUGUGGCUCCUGCGGCUUCAGAACACCUUUUACUUCUCCCAGUCCACUUUUAACCUGGCCCUUACCAUCUUCGGCCGCCUCCUGAUUUCAGUGAAGGUAAAAGAGAAAUACCUGCAUUGCGCCACAAUUACUUCCUUGAGGCUUGCUGCAAAAGUUAAUGAAGAAGAGGAGGUAUGCAUCCUUGGAAGUCCACAUUGGGCUGCACUUGAGGUAUAGGGGUGUAACAUUGGAGGACUCCAGUUUCCUGAUAGGUCUGUGCCCUUAGGUAUGGUGGAUGUUUUGGAAAAGUCGCCAACUUGCCAGCAUCUCUGCUAUCCCUUGCAUCGGCUUGUCAGGCUUUGAGACUACACAAAUGAACAAGUAGAGCAGCUGAACUGUCCUGGCCCACCAAACCUAGAGACCUGAACUCUUGACAGACACAUCUGGCCUCACUGGUUGAUGCCAGAUGCUACCUCUCUCUAAGCAGGGGCAUCUGCUGUUCAGCAAGGAAAAAGGCCUCCCAAACCAUGUGACUUAACAUCCACCCCAAGCAAUUACGUCUAAGACAGCUGCUUGAGACUUGAAGACUUGGCUGUGUCAAUGAAGCUGGUCCUUGGGAACUCUGGGACCCCUGAGAGGGACAGGAGGGCCAUGUGCUGGGGGUAAAGUACAAGGGGCCCAUGAGCGCUUCAGGCAUGGCUGGAUGGCUGAAUUUCACUGUGGCAUCUGUUCAGGAGGAGAUCAUCUCCUAAUGCCUUUUCCAAACUUUCCUACCUCCCUCCAACUUCUCCCAGUUUGGGGAUGGUGAAAUCACUGCCAUUGCCACAGGGGUCACCCUUAGCUGAUCUCUGGGUCUGAGGAGGCAGGGAAGAAGUUGUGUGUCCAGUUCCAAACCUUCAAUAAAAAUGUUUUAAACUCCUGUUUAUUAGAAUAGAAUUAAUGCCCAAGUUGCUUUUGUCCAACUAAAAAUCAAGUGACCCUUUUUCUGGAGGUUAUAGUAAUAUUUCUGUUUAUCUAAAAACAUAGGAUCAGGCCUUUAAUGUACUUAGUACUUGAAUGUUUACUCAUAGACAAGCCUCAUUAGUCCCUCUGUGGGAAAAGCCAUAGUUUUUCCAGAACUGAACCACCUUCAAUCAAGGUUGAAGGAAAUGUGUUUGCAGUUGUGAUGCUGAAAAACCCAUAGGAGGUUUUAUCAAUGUGUCUGGUACAGACUAGGAAACUCAAAAGCACAGUUUUUUUCUCUAUGCCCAGUACCCAUGGUAGGGAUCAGGAAUAGGGAUAGGCAGAACCCAUGGCUCCUGGAAAGCUUGGGGUGAGUUCUUGCAGCUGAACAGGGGAGAUGGCACAGCCCCAGCCUCCAAAGCACUUUGGGUAUGAGCCAGCAUGCAGCUGGGGGAUCAAGACCCGGUUUCAGAGGGGGACCAUGUGAUGUUCCCUACAUAACUACCUGAGGAUUUGACAGCCAAGAUCUGGUUUAGUGUUUCUUUCAGAAGCAUUUUCUGUGGCAGGCCACAGGAAGACAACUCCACUAAGGUCAUGAAUGCCCAGUCCCCAUGGAUAAGAAAACAAAAGCUACUAUGACAUGAUGUAGGGCUUUGGCCUCUUUAUUUUCUUUUUACAGUUUAUUCCACAAGUAAAAGACUUCACAAAGCACUAUGGCUCUGACUAUUCCCCGAAUGAGCUGCUGAGGAUGGAGCUGGCUAUUCUGGACAGACUGCACUGGGACCUCUAUAUUGGGACGCCGCUGGACUUCUUGACUAUAGUGAGUAAGGAGGUGUUUACAGAGUCUACCCUAAACUCGUUUGUGCCUUUGGAACAGCUGUUUACAACAUAGGACGGCAAAGCACAGGCGUGCACACGCCCUUGCACAUGCACCACAGUGAGGUGACCCACAAGGCUCAUGACAUACGGAAGAGUGAAAAGGUAUCUUAAAUCCAACACAGUUCCACCAGACUCCCACUUCUAAAGGACAUUAAAUUAACUUUACAAAGAUUUUUAGACGGCACUAUUAUGGUGAGUUUCUCUUUUAAAUACACACUGCAAAAAUAUUUAACUUUCCAUUCUAUGAAUACUGUACAUAAAUAUCUGUCUGCUUUUGCUACACUUUACACACAUUCACUUAGCUGUCUUUAUUCACCUACACACAAUCCUUAUUGAGGCUUUAGACCAUAUUGAUCUGGCACUUAAAAAAAUAUCAUACAUUAGUUUGUAUUUGUUUUAGUUGGGGGAAUGAUGGUCAUCCUUAAGGAUAUGAUUCUGUUAGUAAGGCAAAAUUAUGCAAUGUGGAAAUCUCAUGGGGUUUUGGUUUGUUAUGAAGCAUGAAGAUUAAAUUACUAAAGGCUGUUUCAUUAUGAAAACUGGCCACUGUUGCCAAGUUGCAGAGUUUCUUCUUAUGAUUAGCAGAUACAAGUAACUUUUCUGCUA